CAGCGAAGCCUCCAUAACACAAGUAAGCUAUGUCAUCCGUCAUGGAAAAGUUGGAUAAACUGAAAAAAUGUGGUGACGGUGAAAUUCAGAAAAUGAGCAACAUACCCAAAAACGAAAAGUUCGAAGUGCUGGACAUUCAGAAAAUUGACACUAUGUAUGGCGAGGCCGUAUACGUGGAGCUCCGCAUGGAAAACGACAAGCCAGUGAAAGUGUAUCUACCUGGACGCUUCAAAAAAUUGUCGGAGGAAGAGCUAGAGGAAAUGCGACUGCUUCCAAAUCUCAAAAUGGAGAAGAAAGAACGGUUUACCAAAGAUGGUAAAAAAGUCAUUUCGCCAGAUAUUAUCUUCACCAAUUCGAAGAGAAAGUGAUGAGAUAUGGUGACAUGUAGAACCUUCUAUCACUCAAGUGACUGCUGAAAUAGCACAAAAUUUGGAAAACCUCGAAGUAGAAGGUUCAGGUUUUUUUCUCUUUCGCAUUCAUGCCUGUAUCAUGAACAUUGGACGUUUGAUGCCUCAACUGAUUGGAUGUGCCCAGUUUGAGUUACCGCAAGAAUUGAAGCAUAAGUUUCGUUCUCUGUUGUGUGUGGACUUUGGUUUGCAUGAAGAUGAGCAGAACAUGUGUUUUGCCUUCUCUGUAAUAGCUGCACUGCAUCCUGCUACUGGUUAUCGCAGGCGUAGGGCAUCUUCGUACAGACCAUAUAUUUCUGAGUAUGUUUUUCCGAAAACAUUCCCGGUAGCUUUCCCAAAAGAGGUUGAAGCAUUCGAAAAAAAUAAUGGUAUCAGUAUCAAUGUGUACGCCUACGAAAGGGAAGACAAAUCUCUGUACCCCAUCAAGGUUGUCGAUGACGAGCGUGAGAAACAUGUGGAUCUGUUGCUAAUCGACUCUCAUUUUCUGCUUAUCACAAAUUUUAAUGGAUUAUUUCAACCUAGCGGACGGUUUCAUUGCAAGAGGUGUAUGAUGGGCUUCUCAUCAGACAGAAUCCUCAGUGAUCAUUUAAAGAUGUGUUUGCAUCAGAAGGUUGCUAAGACAAUUUACCCUAAGAAGGGAGAGACGGUAGCAUUUGCCGGGGAACAUCUCAUGUCGGAAGUCCCUUUCUACUGUGUAUAUGAUUUUGAAAGUGUUUUGUCACCUUGUUUGGAGGAAACAAACGUGUAUGAGGAUCACUGUCCUUCCUCAUUUUGCCUUUUGGUUAUACGUGCAUCCGACUCACACGUGUUGCAAAAGCAUCUUUUCCGUGGUCCUAAUUGUGUCACAGUAUUUAUGGAGCUGCUGCGGAAAUUGCAUGACGAAAUUUUAGGAUGGAUACAUGCUUUUGCACCUCUAGAAAUGACUGAAGAGAAUGAGCGUCAACAUACAGCAGCCACUCAUUGUAAUAUCUGCAAAGAAUCCUUUGCUAAAAGACAAAAAGUUCGAGACCAUGACCAUGUAAGCGGAGAAUUUCGACAAACACUAUGUCAGACGUGUAACCUGAAACUGAGAGUGCCACCCAAGAUUCCAAUCAUUGCACAUAAUGCUAACUAUGACAUGAGUUUUCUCCUGUCUCAUUUACAUCUGCUUAAGAAGUCAGACAUCAACGUGAUUGCCACCAGCUGUCAAAAAUUUAAAGCAAUUGACAUCGGCUCUUAUCGAUUCUUGGACAGUUUGAGUUUUCUGAACGCAAGCCUUGAAACACUGGUGAAAAAUCUACGUGAUAAAGGUGAAUCCAACUUUCAAUGCCUUCGCCAGUUUUUUCCAAAUGAGGAACACUUUCAGCUGGUUGUUCGUAAGGGGGUCUUCUGUUAUAACUUUGUCACCAGUUUUGAAGCCUAUGAUGAGCCUUCGCUACCACCUCGAGAUAAGUUCUUUAACAUUUUGAAUGGAACCGAAGUAAGUGAACAAGACUACAACCACGCGCAGAAUGUGUAUGAAAAAUUUCGGCUCAAGAGUCUUGGAGAGUAUUCGGACUUAUACCUUCUGACAGACACACUGCUUUUAGCAGAUGUGUUUCAGAACUUUCGAAAGUGGACACUCGAUGUGCACAAGAUUGAACCGUUUCAUUUUGUAUCCCUUCCAGGAUUAAGCAUGUCUUGUGCACUAAAAAUGAGUCAGGUAGAACUAGAACUAAUUAACGACCCCAACGCGUACCUGCUCAUCGAGAAUGGCUUACGAGGAGGUGUCACACAGUGCUCCCUGAGAAAAGCAACUGCGAAUGUGCCAGGAACAGAACAGUUUGAUCCCGAAAAAGAAAAAAAAAUAAUUAACUACAUUGAUGUAAAUGGCCUGUAUGGAGCAGUCAUGAGAGAACCAUUGCCUUACGGAGGAUUUGAGUGGCUCACUGAGGAGGAAAUUGUUAACUUGGAUAUAGCUCAGAUACGAGAUGAUAGCCCUGUGGGUACUUUCUUGAGGUAG